CUCCAUAUGUCCUCCUUUAAAAGCUGGCUGGUCUCACAGCAGCUUCAAACAUCAAGGAGAACAUGUAGAGGAACGGUGGCUUCACUCAGAGGGGGUGAAGAGGGAUCUUAUUGUGACCUCUGAUUCAGGACCAACCAAUCAGCUGGUGCGUUGGCCAUGGAUCUCUGCAGCUCGUCUCCGUUGUCUCUGGACUCGAGCGUUUUCUUCAGCGAGACAUCGUCGUCCUGCGUCUUCGUCAUCAACGUUGGAGGAAGUCGCUUUGUGCUGUCGCAGGAUGUGCUGGCCUCCUACCCUGACACCCGGCUGGGGAAACUGGCGUCCUGUGGCCCAGAUUCGGCCCUGGAGCUCUGCGAUGAUGCUGACCUCCUGGAGAACGAGUUCUUCUUCGACAGAAGCUCACAGACCUUCCAGUACGUGAUGCAGUUCUACCGGACCGGUCUCCUCCACGUCAGGGAGGAGCUGUGUGAGAUCUCCUUCCUGCAGGAGAUCCAGUACUGGGGCAUUGAGGAGCUCCACAUUGCCCCCUGCUGCCGAGAACGCUACCACCGCCGCAAGGAGCAGAAGAAGACGUUGGACGUGGGACAGGACUUGGAGGACGAGGACGAUGUUGACGAGGACUUCAUGGGCGCCGUCUGUCCAGGUCUCCGCCGCCACCUCUGGGACCUCCUGGAGAAACCCGGGUCGUCUCGGGCCGCCCGGACCUUCGGCUCGCUGUCGGCCUUCUUCGUGGUGGUAUCGCUGGUCAACAUGGUGCUGAUCUCGCUGGACCUCGGGGAAGACAUGGACAGCGUGGACAUCCCCCUCCCACUGGAUGUCUUGGAGUACGUCUGUGUAAUGUGGUUCACCGGAGAACUGGUCCUGAGGUUCCUCUGCGUCAGAGACAAAUGUCGCUUCAGCCGGAGCGUCGCCAACGUCAUCGACCUCCUCGCCGUCCUGCCUGUCUACAUCACGCUGGCCAUGGACAGUCUCCACGGGGCAUCCACGGACCUGGAGGACAUGGGUCGUGUGGGACAGGUCCUCCGUCUCCUCAGGACACUCAGGAUGCUGAAACUGGGACGGCACUCAACGGGUCUCCAGUCUCUGGCUCUGACCAUGGCUCAGUGCUACGAGGAGGUUGGCCUCCUCCUCCUCUUUCUUGCCGUGGGCGUGUCCAUCUUUGCGGCGGCCAUCUUUGCUGUGGAGCGUGACCGUCCCUCGUCCACAUUCAGCAGCGUCCCGGCCGCCUGGUGGUGGGCCACCACGUCCAUGACCACGGUGGGCUACGGGGACGUGCGUCCGGACACGGCUCCGGGGAAGGUCCUGGCGUUCCUGUGCAUCCUGUCGGGGGUCCUGAUCUUGGCCCUGCCCAUUGCCGUCAUCAACGACCGCUUCUCGGCCUGCUACUGCACCCUCAGAGCCAAGAUGGCCGCCGCACGCCACGCCGAGGCCUUCAGGAGGCUGGCCCGGGGCUCACUGGGAGGGGGCGGAGUCAACCUGAGGGAUGUCCACGCCCGCGGCGUCCUGGAGACGGUGAGGUGGCAGGGCCGAGGGAGGGUCAGCACACAGAGCAGCGGGGGGGGGGGGCUCUGGUGGUAG